GAGAAUUUAUAAUUAAAUUAGUAGUUCUUCAUUUAUAAAUUUUAGUUCCACUAAAUUGAGACCAUCUUUCUCUCACCACAACUAUUCAUUUUAAAGAAUCGCCAACAGAAACAAGCCAAACAGAAACUUUUUUUAUUUUAAGAAAAAAACACCGUAAUGUGGCGACGGAGCUUUAGCACGGCGACCAACGCCUCGACCGCACUGAAGGAGAAGAAAUGGGACGCGCUGGUGAUCGGCGCCGGCCACAACGGCCUAACAGCUGCCGCUUAUUUAGCUGGCUCCGGCCUAUCCGUCGCCGUUAUUGAACGCCGCCACGUCAUCGGUGGAGCUGCCGUAACGGAAGAACUGAUUCCAGGCUUCAAGUUCUCUCGCUGUAGUUAUCUCCAAAGUCUCCUCCGUCCUUCACUCAUCAAAGAGUUGGAGUUAGGGAGGCAUGGAUUGAAGUUGUUGAAGAGGAGUCCGUCGUCGUUUACGCCGUGUUUAGAUGGAAGCUACCUUUUAUUAGGGCCUGACAGAGAGCUUAAUCAUUCAGAGAUCUCUAAGUUCUCUGUUAAUGACGCCAAUGCAUAUCACAGAUAUGAGAAGCAGCUAGAGAGUUUCUGUAAGUUGAUGGAUCCUUUGUUGGACUCGCCACCACCAGAAACUGCGCAAAAUGGAGCGUCUUUUAAUGAUCGAUUGAAGGGCAAGUUGAGAAAAUGGGCUUUUUGGGCAAGUUUUAUGCGGCAAGCACUCUCAUUAGGGCAAAAAGAUUUGGUGGAUUUUAUGGAGCUUUUGCUGUCUCCAGCUUCGAAGGUUUUGAAUAAAUGGUUUGAGACAGAUGUUCUUAAGGCAACUCUUGCAACAGAUGCUGUGAUAGGUUCUACGGCAAGUGUCCAUACACCAGGUAGUGGGUAUGUUUUGCUACAUCACGUGAUGGGAGAAACUGACGGGGAACGUGGAAUUUGGUCGUAUGUUGAAGGUGGGAUGGGUUCAGUAUCCUCUGCUAUCGCAAAUGCUGCUAGGGAAUCUGGGGCUCAUAUUGUGACAAGUGCGGAGGUUUCACAAUUGAUGAUCAAGGAUUCUGGCACUGUGAAUGGGGUAUUACUGGCUGAUGGUACAGAAGUUCUCUCUCCAAUUGUUCUGUCAAAUGCCACUCCUUAUAAAACUUUCUUGGAAUUAGUCCCUAACAAUACCCUUCCUGAUGAUUUUACCCGUGCCCUGAAGUACUCUGACUAUAGCUCUGCAACUACAAAGAUUAAUCUAGCUGUUGAUAAACUCCCCCAAUUUCAAUGCUGCAAGUUGAAUCAUCCUGAUGCUGGUCCUCAGCACGUGGGCACUAUUCAUAUUGGUUCAGAGAGUAUGGAGGAGAUUGAUUUGGCUUGUCAAGAUGCUGUCAAUGGGGUACCAUCAAGAAGGCCAGUUAUCGAAAUGACAAUUCCUUCUGUAUUGGACAAAACAAUUUCUCCUCCUGGUAAGCAUGUGAUCAACUUGUUUGUCCAGUACACACCCUAUAAGCCAUCAGAUGGAAGCUGGGGAGAUUCUGCUUAUAGAGAAUCAUUUGCACAAAAAUGUUUUAGCUUGAUCGAGGAAUAUGCCCCUGGGUUCAGCUCAUCAAUCAUUGGCUAUGACAUGUUGACUCCACCAGAUCUUGAAAGGGAAAUUGGUCUUACAGGAGGGAAUAUAUUCCACGGUGCUAUGGGAUUGGAUUCCCUUUUCCUCAUGCGACCAGUGAAAGGAUGGUCGAGCUAUAGGACUCCUCUCCAGGGGCUGUAUUUGUGUGGAAGCGGAACCCAUCCAGGGGGUGGUGUGAUGGGUGCACCUGGACGCAAUGCUGCACAUGUCGUUCUUCAAGAUGUUGAAAAACCUUGAACCGAUUCUAUUGUUAAGGGUGUGUUUUGCAUCGUUUUCAAAAAAUUUAAACUUUUUUUUCU